UGUGGACAGAUUUAGGAAAUGCACGUACACUUUAGGCCACUCCCUAUAACAGGAAGUGAAAUGUGGAAGCGUAACUGAAAAAGUAGAGAAGAAAGAAAACACCAUCUGGAGUUUUUAGAUCACUUCUAGCUAACAUCCCCUCUGCUGCCAAAACCAGUAUUGCUGGGUAAUGGCUCUCAAGGCUUUCCUCACGCUGGCCGUCUGUCUCCUGCUGGUUCAUCAAACAGAUGCUAAAAACGACGCUCCCUGCCAGCACUCCAAGUGGAACAAUGGCUUCCAAACUUUCUCUAAACGACACAUACGGGCUGGUAUGCCUGAGUCUUUGGACCACAACGAGUGGGAGAAGUACAUCAGGAACAACGGGGGCUGUGACAGACCCACCCAGUCCUUUCUCCACCCAAAGGACCUGGACAAGGUUAAGGAUGUGUGCACGAAUAAAGGGGGGAAAAGGUUCCAGGAGAAUCUGUGCAUCAGCCGGCAGACUUUCACUUUUGUCACAGUGAGGAGCGAGCCGGGGACGUGCGGGAUCAGGAGCGUCCGAGAAGAAACCAAACAUCUGAUCCUGGCCUGCGAGGUUCUGAGCAAUCAGUGCCUGCCGGUCCACUUUGAGGGAAACCCCAGGGACUUGAAGCCUGAUAACAACGCCGGAGGCUGCCAGGACCCGGAAUCCAAAGAUGAAGCUCCCAGCUUCAGAAGAACAUGGCUCUGGUUGUUAUCUGCUCUGCUUUGUAUUGUUUUAUAUAUGAGAAACUAGAUAAGAGAAUGUCUUAUGAGAGGACAGUUUUAACUCUCAGAUUCUCAACACAUUUCAGGAAAGACAUUUCAAGCCUUUAAACUUAUUAACUUAUAUUUUUUGGUUCAAAAAAGGGAAAUAUUCAAUCAACAUCAAGAAAAUGUAAAUUUUUAAGAAAUGUAUUUUUGUAACAAAAGCUCCUUUCUAUUAUAUUAUCAUGCAUGUUUAUAAGUGGGGUUUGUUUUUGAUACCAUGUAUUAUCUGAGAGGACGGAUUGUUGCUCUGAUUGACUUUACAGUAUAAAGUUGCAAUAAGUUGGGCAAUGAUGUCACAGAUUUGUUCUGUGGUGUGUAUUUGGCAUUGAAACUGCAAGAAUAAAAUCAGAAUUUCAAAAGGGAUUUACUUAUA